AGAAAAGCCUUCAUUCUGAUAGCAGAUCGCGAUUCACGGAGUCGGUGAACUCGUAAAACGCGGCCGUGUGUUCAGUAGCCGAAUCGCGAUAGGAGGCCCGGCGACGCGCGUCGCACUCAUCAUCGAGUAACUAUCAUUUUCCAUUCGGACCGGAUGAACGGUACACCGGGGACGCGUUAAUCGUCCGGUGGAUAUAUACUUCGGCUGCGAUCGGAACCGGGGCCUCGAAUCCUCCUUUGUAAACCGGCAGAGACGACCGCCUCCGUGGAUCCUGGGCAACGUGACGACCGACCAGUCACACCAUGAGGACGUUGCUGGUUCUGCUGGUGUCCAUCGCAGCGUCCGGUAUGGCAGCACCUGUGCCCGAGCCAAGCGGACGAAACUUCUUGGCCAGGAGCAAGGACGAGGUCCCCGCGGAAGCCGAGAUUGUCACCGGCAAGGACGCGACGAAUCGGCCGGCAAAAAAGCAAUCAGAGAAGACCGACGGUGGAACGAAAGAUUGGAGGGGCUCGUUACAGUCGCCGGUCCUGAAUAAAGCGGAGAACAGGCCCGAGCCGAGCCUCUCUCAAAGGCGUCCGAGCGACAGCAGGGACAAAGUAUCGAAGAACCGAAGGCACAAAGCGAUCUUCGUCAACUAUCCGAUCGUGCCCCAGCCACAGCAAUUCCCGGCGGUGCCUUACGACGCCGAUUACGCGCGAAACGGCCACAAGAACGACGAGGCGACGGCGGCCGGGGACGCCAAGAGGAUCCAGGAGAGCAACGUCUUCUACAUCCGACUGCCACCCACGCCGUACAUGUACGUCCCGGGCUUAGGCUACAUCUCGCAGCCCCCGAAGUACUCGACCUCGAACCUGCGACCUCAAAUCCCUUAUCACAAGCCGUCCAGGCCGAAGCCCGUCUACCAGAAGCAGCCCGGCAACAACCCGUUCAUCAAGCUGCCCAUCGAUUUCGUGAGCAACGGCAAGCCGACGGCCGUCUAUCACUGGCAGAAGAAGCAGAAGAAGCCGACCGACAGUCCCAUCACCAAUCUGGACAGCUUAUCGCCGGUGUUCGUGAGCAACGGGAAGCCCACGUCCAUCUACCAAUGGCAGACCAACCUGAAGCCGGCGAAGAGACCCGACGACCUGGUCAACAACCUGGACAAGGGCCCGUACAUGUUCAACGGCAAGCCGACCAGCUUCUUCCUGCUGAAGCCCGACGGCACGACCUCGGCCCGCCAGCAGCUUCAGUAUCCCGACUACCAGCAGGAUAAUUCGUACUAUUGAGGCGGCCACGGCCGCGGCCGCGGCUACCGAAACGUGCCACGGAGGCCGCAGAUCCUAGGAAUUCUCGAUUCGAAAUCACCGGCUGCCGCGGAGACUCGAUUCGAUGGGCGUGCGCGCGCGCGCGCGCGGACGCCGCGCCGGAGACUUGCUCCCGUCGAAUCCGGGUUGCUACGAGGAUUGAUGGGACGCGAAAGUGCUCGAAUGUGCGGCGAAUCUCUCGAUGGGACUCGAACCGGGCGAGAGGAGGCUCUCGUCGAACCCGAACGAUUAGGGUUCUUCGAGAGCGGUUCUUCGGCCCUUGCCUUCGUGAUAACUCUGCGACGAGAUGCAGAGGGUCAAAAGAUUGGCUGUUUGUGAUCUUUCCGCGAGAACAGGACAACCCAUGGAGUUACAAGGCUUGCUCGGUGUUUCUUGCGGAAGCGGACGCUGGCUUAGAGACGUUAACGAGUUCGGAUUGGGCGUGGUCUGCGGUCUCGACGCAUUUUUACCGUUCGAACGGUUGUUCGCCGACUGUACAAUUACGACGAUUCGAUGAUAAAAACGAUCUUUUACUCUAAUUCAUUGUUUCCACAGUGUGUUAUCAGCACCUUUCUCGUCUCCGCGAAUCGCUAUCUUUUUCCAUUGUAAAUUACGAACGUUUCGAAGCCAGCGUAUUCGUUCCUCGCGGAGCGGAAUACAAAGAGGCUAGAGAGUUCAUCGACACGCUGUUCUCGCGGGUUUAAGUAGCCAGAAGAAAAAGCGACGGUGGUGCCAAUGCAUUUUUGACUCGCUGUACCGCGACGAUUAUCGUGUAAGAGCGUCGAUUAUUACGUAUGAUCGGAGGAGGGCCGUCGGUGAGCCGACAGAGAAAAAUUCGACGCGUACUAUCGUUAGCAUAAUUAAUCCUCCCUUAAACGGGCCGCUCGCGUUUCGGACCUUUUUUCCCCCCCGAGGUCCGAACCGGUCUGCCAUACACAAUGAUUACGAUGCUUCGCGAAAAGGCGUCUGCUCGGCACGCGUGGUGCUCGUCGUUUACACUCCGCGUAAUCCGUUCACGCGUCCGAUUAGAAAUGCCAUUUAUCAUCCACGGAUAGUUGGAAGAGUCGUUUGUAAACGUUUAGCGUCUUAGCUCGCGUAUUUAUCCGUCUAAACCGUUUCGCGGUGGUGCAAUUAAUAUCCUAUUAAAUCGUCCGUCCCGGGGGACACGGCUCGAAACCAUCUGCUGGUGGCGCAGCUUUGUUAUUUAUUGUAUAGAUUUUUCACGGAACAGGUUAAGAAGGCGUGCGCUCCGCAUGGAACUCGUUCUCCAUCCGCGAGAUGUUUGAUAGCCUUUUAAUUACACCCGCCCACCGCCAAUGCGAAUUUACACGGACGUCCGAGCGUCCCCGUUCGUUUAUAAAUGGGAAAACGAUUAUCCGUUUCUCGUACGCGGAGACCAGGUAGCAACCGGAGCAACUUGGAAAGGCAGAACCCAACGUCGGAAUCUGCUGUGCAACAAUAACAAUCGAAACGGCGCGCAUCGCGAUCGUAAAAUCGAUCGUCCCGAAGUCGGUCGGGCACAGUUUCCCGGCUCGUGUGCGUCGUUUCAACGAUUCGAUAUUAAUUGUCCGCCUCCAAUUGGAGCGUGUCAUUAAGUCCCGUUUCCGAGCGAGAAGGCCGCCGAGACCUGUAAUUAUUUCUAGAAAUGUAUAGCUGUUAUUUUGUAAAGUAUAGACACUCGCACGCCUAUUUAUGCGUCAAUUAAUUAACGAGACCGACGGGUUUCGCGUUGGUCGCGUCGCCGAUAAAAAAACGAGCACGUAUCGCGACGCGAUCAUGCCGAUACGAAGACUGUUUGCUCAAGCGUCUAGCCUAACACGUUGUUUGUUCAUUGUUCAUUAUUGACAGUUUCACUCCGCUGUUCCCCUCGAUCGUACAUCGAAUUUCUCUGCGCUUCGAACGCAAGCUUACAAAAAUGUUGAACCGAGCAAAAUGGAGCAAUUUCAAACGGUAGAAGCAUUGAAAAUAUUUUCCGCCCGAUGUCUGCUUGCUGCAAUCGGACGAAGAAAAUAUUUAAUUCGCGCGGAAAUCAGCCUAGCAAUGAAAUUUAAUUAUCGGAUACGACCGCGAAUCACUGCGACCGAGUCUCCGGGGAACAGCGGGGUUAAUGGCGUAUUUAUUUGCAGAUCCAAGUCAUAUUUAUACACCUCCCUGUUACCGGAAUAACGUUGUCAGGGCCCCCCACUCCAACCACCUCCAUUUUCUACGUUGUACAUAUGUGAAGAAAAUACACGAGUGCUCCGAGGAGCUUAUCCGUGAAA